AUGGAAGGACCGAGUAAAGAAUUCGCUGACCCUGAGCGGCAAGAACUGAUCAAGUUGAUUGCCGAGGACCAUUUCAAACUGUUUCAGACCAAAGAUGUCUCGCCAGCUCUCUAUGCAUUCAUUUGGUUGGCUGAUAUCGAGAAACUCCGAGAAACGGCACCCGGGAGCAUCGCUCCGAUGGUGGUUUUACUUAACCCAGGCUUCCUAAAACUUGCAAUACAGCAGUGGCUCCAGAAGGGCAGAUCAGGCUCCAAGGCCUCCUCAAAAGCCAGUUCUGUUACGGAAACGUCGCCGGCAUUAAUUCCCCGUAGGCAACGCGUAACAGACCCUGACAGAAUACCCUUAACAACAUCAACUGUGGACGUUGAAAACACUUCGGCGGCACCCAUCAAAGCCCGCUCGAAAAGAGCCCUUAAAUUGACAGAAGAAAGGGACAAAGGCUGCAUUGUGCAGCGAGUUCCGUGCGUCGAUGUAGCCCACAUUUUUCCGUCUUCACUGCGGGACAGCCAUGUUGCAUCACCACUCAUCCAGACUUUGCGAUGUUUUUGGAAGGAGGAACACGUCGAUGCCUGGUUGAAAGCGGCAUAUGGGGCCGGCACUGAGAGUCCGCAUAACCUCAUUUGCCUGUCACCAACCGCGCACAGACUCCACGGAAAUGCUUUGUUCGCAUUUAAAUUCAAGUCCUAUGUGGAAACGGAGAACACGAGAGCUCUCGAGCUCAAUUUCUACUGGUUGAAACACGCAGAGCCUCGAACCACAGUUCCACUAACCGAAGUCCCAUCCCUGGAUCUGGAGGCACCCUCAGAUAUUGGGCUGUAUAAUUACCAGAAAGGGCUAGAAAAUGGUCACCAUGUUAAAUCGGGGGAAAUCGUUCGCAUGGAAACUGAUGACCCUGAACGAAAGCCACUUCCGUUACAACCACUGCUACAGAUGCAGUGGCUUUUGAAUAGAGUGGCAGCCCUAAGCGCUGCUGCAGAGCCUGAUGACCUCGAGUAA